AUGGGAAAUAAAAGUGCCAAGUCCAGAAAAAAUACUGUGAAUUUAGAUAACUUGCCUGGUUAAACUUAAGAAUUUAGCAGACCUUCAACAGAUAAAAUUUUCCAUCCAUAGGUUGAGAAAUUUUUUAAGGAAUGGAAAGAGUAAAAGCAUGUAGAAUUCUAAGAACUACUUAGUGGUACUAUCUCAACAAACAAUAUGAGCGAUAGAUUUAGCGAUAGAUCAUCUAACUGGCUAUCUGAAUUCAAAGAGAAAAUAAGCCUAAACUAAGACCUUAAGAAUAGAGAUGAUUACCUAAAGUUUAUUGAUUUAUUGAAGAGAUUGUCUCGAGAUACAGAGCAGAGAUAUUUCAAGGAGUAUGUUGGAAGUAUCAAUUUAGACAAAAAUCUAAGAUUGCUUUCUAAGCUUGAUAAUAAGAGCUUUGAUGAAAAAGCUAUUAAAAAGAAGCUUAAAUCGUCGAGAUCAGAUAACAUUCAUUUAAGCUCUACAAAUAAUAUACUUUCAACUGGAUUUAAUUCAUCCUUACAGCUAGAUUUAUAAUAGCUGCAACUAUUAAAACAUCAAUUAGAAUUAAAUGAUCAUCCCAUUAAAAGGAUCAUUAAUUUCAUCAGAGGCAUAUUUAUUUUACAAUACAGAAAUUUAUUGUUAAACAAUAUCUCUGAAUGUGAUCUGAUGGCUGAGGACAAGAAUAUCACUGAAAGUUUGAAAUUUUUUAUCAAGACUAUUUCAGAAGCAAUCAGUAAGUUUUACCUCCUAGAUUUAUAUGAAACUAGUUAACUUUGGAAAGAAGUUCUAUAAGUUAUGGUAACUUAGUUACUAAUCUAGAAAGAUUUAUAUGCUCUUAUUAUCAAUCUGAUCACAUUGAGUCAUUAGAAAGAGAUUGAUGCUCUACACCAUCUUAUGAAUAGUAAAACUCUGAAACUUUCAGAUAUAAAAAUCGAUAAGAAAUUCUAGUUAAAUAUUCAUGAUAGAGAGCAAAAUUUGGUGUGCAUUGAUGAUGUUGGCUCAGGGCGAGAAAAUAAUCUAGUAGUAUAAGAAGAAGAAUAAGAUUCUGUAUUUCAACCAUAUUAAAGAACUAUCAAGCUAAUUAAACAGAUAAAAUUCCAAUAGAGUAUUCCUUAAAAGCUAGAGAUUGCAUAUGAAGCUUUGAAGAUAUAACUGGGCCAGGAUAUAGAUGAUUUUUGGAAUGGCUAUAAACUCAAGUAAAACUAAUCUUAUAGAGCAAGCUAAAAGGCUUCUAUGAAAGAAAAAUACUUUUAAUAACUAAGUGAAAGAGUAUCAUAGACAUAAGCACUUCUAAAUUAAAGAAAUAGUCCUAAGUAAUCAAAUCAUGUAGACUUCGAAAAACUUCAAUAGCUGGCCUUAUAUGUAGUAUGGGCUAGUAAUUGCCCUGAAAUUUACUCUGAUUGCUUAUUUAUUAAGAGAUUCAAUAAUCAAACUUUAAAUCAUAGUAUGAGAGGAUUUUUCGCCAGAUUGCUUGAUGCUUGUGUUAAUGUAAUGCUUAACUCUGGAAGUAAUAUUGGUUCUACAGAGGAGAUAGAUGACCAGUAAGUAUUAGAACUUUCAGUCUAAGAUAUUGAGAAUCUAUAAAAUUCUCUACUUUAGAAAGAGAGAUUAAUGCCUUUAUUUGAUAUUAAUUUCAUGACUUAAACAUUACUACCAUCAUUCCAAAAAAAUUAAACCUCAGUAAGUACUAAAAACAGAUUAAGCAAAAGGAGAGAUUCCAUUACAAGCUUAAUGACUCAGGCUAAUAGUCCUGAUUAACAGUUGGAGAUAGCACUUGAAUUCGAGAAACUCAUUUUUUGUCAAGCCUAAUUUAUCUACGAAAGUGAGAGCAGAUAAGUCUCUAGAAACCUAGAAGAGCAAAAGUAUACUAUGCUUCAAAAAAAGACUACUGUAUUAUGCUCAUCUGACGAAUCUUUCAUUAGCACAGUUAAAAAUUUGAGGAAUAAACUUGUGGAAAAUCAGAUACCUGUUGUGCAAUAAGUUUAUAAUUUUACUGGAUCUAGCUUUGCUGAAGUAGAAGAUAAUGGCAAUGAGGGCAAGAAUUCAUUAUAAGGAAUGAGAAUAAACAUUGACAAUGUUGAUUUCGAUGAUUAGUAUAGGAAUUCACUCCCAACCCAAUGA